AUGGCUGAAGGAGUCCGCCAGCAGUACAAGCAGCGGCGGCGGCAGCAGCGGCAGCUCCUCUAUCUUCUUCUCCUCUUCGCAUCGCACCACGCCGUCCUUCUCCAACUUUUCUUCCACAAACAAAAGAUGCAACGCUGCGCCAGGUCGUGGGCCGUCUUUUCGGCCAAAGCCGUGCGGGCGGCCAACCGGAGCCGCGCCGAGUUGGACCGGGGCCGCUCCGGACUCGGAGCGUCCCUGGCAACGCGCGAAGUCCGGACCACGGCGGCCGGCUGCUCUCGGCGCAUCGAGCGGAUCCUACCCCGGCACGACGACUUCGCCGAGCGGCACAUCGGGCCAGGUGAGCGGGAGAAACGGGACAUGCUGGACGCGCUCGGACUGGAGUCUAUCGAGCAGCUGAUCGAGAACACGGUGCCGUCGUCCAUCCGCAUGAGGCAGAGCAUGAGGCUGGACGACCCCGUCUGCGAGAACGAAGUGCUGGAGUCACUGCACAAGAUCGCAUCCAAGAACAAGGUCUGGCGUUCCUACAUCGGCAUGGGCUACUACAACUGCUCGGUCCCCCCGCCCAUCCAGCGCAACCUCUUGGAGAAUGCCGGAUGGGUAACUCAGUACACACCCUAUCAGCCCGAGGUUUCCCAAGGCCGUUUGGAAUCGCUCCUCAACUACCAGACCUUAAUCUGCGACCUUACGGGCCUGCCCAUGGCUAACGCCUCGCUGCUGGAUGAGGGCACGGCGGCCGCCGAGGCCAUGCAACUCUGCCACAGACAGAACAAAAGAAGGAUCUUCUACGUGGACCCUCGAUGUCACCCUCAGACCAUUGCGGUGGUGCAGACCAGAGCCAACUACAUCGGGGUCAAGACGGUGCUGAAGCUGCCCCACGAGAUGGACUUCAGCAAGAAAGAUAUCAGUGGCGUUCUCUUCCAGUAUCCAGACACUGACGGCCGGGUGGAAGACUUCACCGCCCUUGUGGAUAAGGCGCACAAAGGAGGGGCCCUUGCCUGCUGCGCGACGGACCUGCUGGCCUUGUGCGUGCUGCGCCCCCCUGGCGAGUUCGGUGUGGACAUUGCGCUGGGAAGCUCCCAGAGGUUCGGGGUGCCUCUGUGCUAUGGGGGUCCUCACGCCGCUUUCUUCUCCGUCAAGGAGAACCUGGUCCGGAUGAUGCCUGGCAGAAUGGUCGGUGUCACUAGGGACGCCGCAGGAAAGGAAGUCUUUCGUCUGGCGCUGCAGACCAGGGAGCAGCACAUCCGCCGAGACAAAGCCACCAGCAACAUCUGCACAGCUCAGGCUCUGCUGGCCAACAUGGCCGCCAUGUUUGCGCUCUACCACGGCCCUCAAGGACUCAAACACAUCGCAGAGAGGACGCACAACGCCGCUCUGAUCCUCGCCGAGGGUCUGAAGAGGGCGGGACAUAGGCUGCACAGUGAAAUGUUCUUCGACACGCUCAAAAUCAGCUGCGGCGUGGCUGCCAAAGAUAUCCUGGAGAGAGCCGCCCAGAGGAAUAUCAACCUCAGGAUCUACACUGACGGGGUGUUGGGCGUCUCGUUGGAUGAGACUGUAACCGAAAGGGACCUGGACGACCUGCUGUGGGUCUUUGGUUGCGAGUCCUCUGCCGAACUUAUAGCUGAGAAAAUGGGCGAGCGGAUGAAAGGCAUCAUGGGGAGUCCUUUCAAGAGGACUAGCAAGUACCUGGCGCACCAGGUCUUCAACAGUUACCACUCGGAGACAAAUAUUGUGCGCUACAUGAAAAGAUUGGAAAACAAAGACAUCUCGCUGGUCCACAGUAUGAUCCCACUGGGUUCCUGCACUAUGAAGCUAAACAGCUCCUCGGAGCUAAUGCCAAUCACGUGGAGAGAGUUUGCCAACAUUCACCCGUUCGUGCCUCUGGAGCAAGCUGAGGGCUACCAGAAGCUCUUCAGGCAGCUGGAGAACGACCUCUGUGAGGUGACUGGCUACGACAAGAUUUCCUUCCAACCCAACAGUGGCGCUCAGGGAGAAUACGCCGGCUUGGCGGCCAUUAAGGCCUACCUCAACUCAAAGGGGGAGAGCUCAAGAAGCGUGGACAAGCACAAGACCAACCUGGCGGCCAUGAUGAUCACGUAUCCUUCCACGUUUGGCGUCUUCGAGGAGCAAAUCCAGGACGUGUGCGAGCUCAUCCAUCGGCACGGUGGCCAGGUCUACUUGGACGGCGCCAACAUGAAUGCCCAGGUGGGUCUGUGUCGUCCCGGAGAUUACGGCUCAGACGUGUCUCACCUCAACCUUCACAAGACAUUCUGCAUCCCUCACGGCGGCGGAGGACCAGGCAUGGGGCCCAUCGGAGUGAAAGCCCACCUUGCCCCGUUCCUGCCCAGCCACCCGGUGGUCUCCAUGGGUUCAGUGGACAGCGGUAGCUCCCUGGGCACCAUUAGCGCCGCGCCCUGGGGGUCCAGCGCCAUUUUGCCCAUCUCCUGGGCCUAUAUCAAGAUGAUGGGCGCCAAGGGACUGCUUCACGCCACAGAGGUGGCCAUCCUUAACGCCAACUACAUGGCCAAGAGGCUGGAGGGACACUACAAGAUUCUCUUCAGAGGAGCCAAAGGCUUCGUGGCGCACGAGUUCAUCCUGGACGUCAGGCCCUUCAAGAAAACUGCCAACGUGGAGGCCGUGGACGUAGCCAAGAGGCUCCAAGAUUACGGCUUCCACGCGCCCACCAUGUCAUGGCCGGUGGCGGGAACACUGAUGAUCGAGCCCACCGAGUCGGAGGACAAAGCGGAGAUGGACCGUUUCUGCGACGCCCUGCUGGGCAUCCGGCAGGAGAUCGCCGAAAUCGAGGAGGGCAGGAUGGACUCGCGCGUCAACCCGCUCAAGAUGUCACCUCACUCGCUGGCCUGCGUCUCCUCGUCCACCUGGGACAGACCUUACUCCAGAGAGUUUGCCGCAUUCCCCUUGCCUUUCAUCCGGCCCGAGACCAAAUUCUGGCCGACCAUCUCUCGAAUCGACGACAUCUAUGGCGAUCAGCACCUGGUGUGCACCUGCCCCCCUAUGGAAGUCUACGAGUCCCCGUAUGAGGAGAAGAGGGCCUCCUCAUAG